CUGAUAAGCAGUGGUCAGCAGUGAGCUACAGAGCUGCGUGCCCAUUUUUCCUGCGUUCCCAGACAUUGUGUGUCUCUCUGGGUUUGUCUUUCCUCUGAUCCUGCUUAAAUCCUCCAUAGUGUGACAGAACACAGUAGACAGGAUGUCAAACCUGAAGGAGUUGUGUAGCGGCCUGCCUCUGGACCCCAUGCCAUCCAAUCGGGGCCGGGACCCCAGUGUGCCACAUGCACCCGUCAGGACGCCCAACCUCACUCCAGAGGAGGAGAGGCUAGCCCUGAGGAAUGCCCUGCGCUACUUUCCCCCCUCCCACCACAACAUCCUGGCUGCUGAAUUUGCCCAGGAGCUCAGGCAGUAUGGACACAUCUACAUGUACCGCUUCUGUCCCCUCAUACAUAUGAGGGCCUACCCUAUAGAUCAGUACCCCUGUCGUACACGCCAAGCUGCCUCCAUCAUGCUCAUGAUCAUGAACAACCUGGACCAUGCAGUUGCCCAGUUUCCCCAGGAGCUGGUUACCUAUGGGGGAAAUGGACAGGUGUUCAGUAACUGGGCCCAGUUCCGCCUGGUGAUGUACUACCUGAGUGAGAUGACAGAGGAGCAGACUCUGGUCAUGUACAGUGGUCAUCCAGCGGGGCUGUUCCCCAGCCUGCCCUCCUCCCCACGCGCUAUCAUUACCAACGGCAUGGUCAUUCCAAACUACUCCUCCAGAGAGCAGUAUGAGAAGAUGUUUGCUUUGGGUGUAUCAAUGUAUGGUCAGAUGACUGCUGGUAGCUACUGCUACAUUGGGCCUCAGGGGAUUGUCCAUGGCACCAUGCUGACAGUGUUGAAUGCAGGGCGGAGGUAUCUGGGGUCUGAUGACCUGAGGGGCCGGGUGUUGGUGACAUCGGGGCUGGGAGGCAUGAGCGGGGCACAGGCCAAGGCUGCUGUCAUCGCUGGCUGUGUGGGGGUCAUUGCCGAGGUAGAUGAGGUGCCCCUGAGGAAGAGACACGAGCAAGGCUGGUUAAUGGAGGUCACCAGUGACAUAGAACACUGCAUCCAACGCAUUAGAGAAGCCAAGAGAUCCAAGACUCCCCUCAGCUUGGGUUACCAUGGCAAUGUUGUGGACUUAUGGGAGCGUCUGUUGACGGAGUAUGAGAGGACAGGAGAGCUGCUGGUGGACCUGGGCUCAGACCAGACCUCCCUCCACAACCCCUUCAGUGGAGGGUACUACCCAGCUCAGCUCAGCCUCCACCAGGCCAACCAGCUCAUGGCCACAGACCCAGCACGCUUCAAAACCGUGGUCCAUGAGAGCCUUUGUAGACAGGUAGCUGCCAUCAACAAGCUGUCUGAGGCAGGGAUGUUCUUCUGGGACUAUGGAAAUGCCUUCCUCCUGGAGGCCCAGAGAGCAGGAGCGGAGGUAGAGAAAGAGGGAGGCGGAGCGACAGAGUUCCGCUACCCAUCCUAUGUCCAACACAUCAUGGGUGACAUCUUCUCCCUGGGCUUUGGACCAUUCCGCUGGGUCUGCACCUCCGGUGACCCCCGUGACCUGACACUGACUGAUGACAUCGCCGCCACUGUCCUGGAGGAGAUCAGCGCCAAUGUGACUGAGCGUGUGCGACAGCAGUACAACGACAACAUCCGCUGGAUCCGUGAGGCCGGAAAACACAGGAUGGUGGUGGGCUCCCAAGCCAGAAUCCUCUACUCAGACCAGAAAGGUCGUGUGUGUAUUGCCUUGGCCAUCAAUCAAGCAAUUGCUGAUAGGAGAGUUUCGGCUCCUGUGGUCAUCAGUAGAGACCACCAUGAUGUUAGUGGAACAGACAGUCCCUUCAGAGAGACCUCCAAUGUGUACGACGGCUCUGCCUUCUGUGCAGACAUGGCGGUCCAGAACUUUGUAGGCGAUGCAUUCAGAGGAGCCACCUGGGUGUCCCUGCACAACGGUGGAGGGGUCGGCUGGGGUGAGGUGAUGAACGGAGGGUUUGGUCUGCUCCUGGACGGGACGGAGGAGGCAGCGAAGAGAGCCAGUCUGAUGCUCAACUGGGACGUCUCUAACGGGGUGGCUCGUCGAUGCUGGUCAGGGAACUCCAACGCCUAUGAGACCAUCCAGCGUACCAUGGAGGAGCAAAGGCAGCUUUGCGUCACGAUGCCCUACCCUGUGCAGGACGAAGAUGUGUUAGACAGGGCCCUGCAGGGCUAGAUCAGCACACUGCUCACAACACAGCUAGCUAGUCAGAUGAUAACGGACACACACAGAAUAUUCAUUGUGUCAAUCCACACCACCAUUCACAAUACCAGAUUGUCCUGAAUUAAGAGCAGAACCAAGAUGAUCACUUGAUCAUGGAUGUCAUACAGUUGAAGUCGGAAGUUUACAUACACUUAGGUUGGAGUCAUUAAAACUUGUUUUUCAACCACUCCACAAAUUUCUUGUUGACAAACUAUAGUUUUGGCAAGUCGGUUAGAACAUCUACUUUGUGCAUGACACAAGUAACUUUUCAAAAAUUGUUUGCAGACAGAUUAUUUCACUUAUAAUUGACUGUAUCACAAUUCCAGUGGGUCAGAAGUUUACAUACACUAUGUUGACUGUGUCUUUAAACAGCUUGGAAAAUUCCUGAAAAUUAUGUCUUGGCUUUAGAAGCUUCUGAUAGGCUAAUUGACAUAAUUUGAGUCAAUUGGCAGUGUACCUGGGGAUGUAUUUCAAGACCUACCUUCAAACUCAGUGCCUCUUUGCUUGACAUAAUGGGAAAAUAAAUCAGCCAAGACCUCAGAAAAGAAAUUGUAGACCUCCACAAGUCUGGUUCAUACUUUUCCAAAUGCCUGAAGGUACCACGUUCAUCUGUACAAACAAUAGUAUGCAAGUAUAAACACUUUGGGACCACUCAGCCGUCUUACCGCUCAGGAAAGAGACGCGUUCUGUCUCCUAGAGAUGAACGUACUUAGGUGCAAAAUGUGCAAAUCAAUCCCAGAACAAGAGCAAAGGACCUUGUGAAGAUGCUGGAGGAAACAGGUACAAAUGUACAGUGCCUUGCGAAAGUAUUCGACCCCCUUGAACUUUGCGACCUUUUGCCACAUUUCAGGCUUCAAACAUAAAGAUAUAAAACUGUAUUUUUUUGUGAAGAAUCAACAACAAGUGGGACACAAUCAUGAAGUGGAACGACAUUUAUUGGAUAUUUCAAACUUUUUUAACAAAUCAAAAACUGAAAAAUUGGGCGUGCAAAAUUAUUCAGCCCCUUUAAGUUAAUACUUUGUAGCGCCACCUUUUGCUGCGAUUACAGCUGUAAGUCGCUUGGGGUAUGUCUCUAUCAGUUUUGCACAUCGAGAGACUGAAAUUUUUUCCUAUUCCUCCUUGCAAAACAGCUCGAGCUCAGUGAGGUUGGAUGGAGAGCAUUUGUGAACAGCAGUUUUCAGUUCUUUCCACAGAUUCUCGAUUGGAUUCAGGUCUGGACUUUGACUUGGCCAUUCUAACACCUGGAUAUGUUUAUUUUUGAACCAUUCCAUUGUAGAUUUUUCUUUAUGUUUUGGAUCAUUGUCUUGUUGGAAGACAAAUCUCCGUCCCAGUCUCAGGUCUUUUGCAGACUCCAUCCAUUCUUCCAGAAUGGUCCUGUAUUUGGCUCCAUCCAUCUUCCCAUCAAUUUUAACCUUUUAACCUUAAUCUUCCCUGUCCCUGCUGAAGAAAAGCAGGCCCAAACCAUGAUGCUGCCACCACCAUGUUUGACAGUGGGGAUGUUGUGUUCAGGGUGAUGAGAUGUGUUGCUUUUACGCCAAACAUAACAUUUUGCAUUGUUGCCAAAAAGUUCAAUUUUGGUUUCAUCUGACCAGAGCACCUUCUUCCACAUGUUUGGUGUGUCUCCCAGGUGGCGUGUGGCAAACUUUAAACGACACUUUUUAUGGAUAUCUUUAAGAAAUGGCUUUCUUCUUGCCACUCUUCCAUAAAGGCCAGAUUUGAGCAAUAUACGACUGAUUGUUGUCCUAUGGAUAGAGUCUCCCACCUCAGCUGUAGAUCUCUGCAGUUCAUCCAGAGUGAUCAUGUGCCUCUUGGCUCUGAUCAGUCUUCUCCUUGUAUGAGCUGAAAGUUUAGAGGGACGGCCAGGUCUUGGUAGAUUUGCAGUGGUCUGAUACUCCUUCCAUUUCAAUAUUAUCGCUUGCACAGUGCUCCUUGGGAUGUUUAAAGCUUGGGAAAUCUUUUUGUAUCCAAAUCCGGCUUUAAACUUCUUCACAACAGUAUCUCGGACCUGCCUGGUGUGUUCCUUGUUCUUCAUGAUGCUCUCUGCGCUUUUAACGGACCUCUGAGGCUAUCACAGUGCAGGUGCAUUUAUACGGAGACUUGAUUACACACAGGUGGAUUGUAUUUAUCAUCAUUAGUCAUUUAGGUCAACAUUGGAUCAUUCAGAGAUCCUCACUGAACUUCUGGAGAGAGUUUGCUGCACUGAAAGUAAAGGGGCUGAAUAAUUUUGCACGCCCAAUUUUUCAUUUUUUGAUUUGUUAAAAAAGUUUGAAAUAUCCAAUAAAUGUCUUUCCACUUCAUGAUUGUGUCCCACUUGUUGUUGAUUCUUCACAAAAAAAUACAGUUUUAUAUCUUUAUGAAGCCUGGAAUGUGGCAAAAGGUCGCAAAGUUCAAGGGGGCCGAAUACUUUCGCAAGGCACUGUAUCUAUAUCCACAGUAAAACGAGUCAUAUAUCGACAUAACCCGAAAGGCCGCUCAGCAAGGAAGAAGCCACUGCUCCAAAACCGCCAUAAAAAAGCAGACUACGGUUCUGCAUCUGCACAUGGGGACAAAGAUUGUACUUUUUGGAGAAAUGUCAUCUGGUCUGAUGAAACAAAAAUAGAACUGUUUGGCCAUAAUGCCCAUCGUUAUGUUUGGAGGAAAAAGGAGGAGGCUUGCAAGCCGAAGAACACCAUCCCAACCGUGAAGCACGGGGGUGACAGCAUCAUGUUGUGGGGUGCAUUGCUGCAGGAGGGACUGGUGCACUUCACAAAAUAGAUGGCAUCAUGAGGAAGGACAAUUAUGUGGAUAUAUUGAAGCAACAUCUCAAGACAUCAGUCAGGAAAUUGGUCGCAAAUGGGUCUUCCAAAUGGACAAUGACCCCAAGGAUACUUCCAAAGUUGUGGCAAAAUGUCUUAAGGACAACAAAGUCAAUGUAUUGGAGUGGCCAUCACAAAGCCCUGACCUCAAACCUAUAGAAGAUUUCUGGGCAGAACUGAAAAAGCGUGUGCGAGCAAGGAGGCCUACAAACCUGACUCAGUUACACCAGCUCUGUCAGGAGAAAUGGGCCAAAAUUCAUCCAACGUAUUGUGAGAAGCUUGUGGAAGGCUACCCGAAACAUUUGACCCAAGUUAAACAAUUUAAAGGCAAUGCUAGCAAUUACUAAUUGAGUGUAUGUAAACUUCUGACCCACUGGGAAUGUGAUGAAAGAAAUGAACGCUGAAAUAAAUCACUCUCUAUUGUUAUUCGGACAUUUCACCUUCUUAAAAUAAAGUGGUGAUUCUAACUGACAUAAAACAGGGUAUUUCUACAUAGAUUAAAUGUCAGGAAUUGUGAAAACUGAGUUCAAAGUGUAUGUUAACUUCCGACUUCAACUGUAUAUAUACAAGUCUUAUUGCCAAUCAUCAAUUGAAAACAAUGAGUUAACAUGGUGUUCUUUGAUGUACAGUGCAUAUGGAAAGUAAUUCAGACCCCUUGACUUUUUCCACAUUUUGUUACAUUACAGCUUUAUUCUAAAAUGGACUAAAUUGUUUUGUUUUUUCUCAUCAAUCUACACACAAUACCCCAUAAUGGCAAAGCAAACCGUUUUUUUGAAUUGUUUGCAAAUGUAUUAAAAAUAAAAAACUGAAAUAUCACAUUUA